AUGGGUUGGCGAACGCGACAAGUGCUCGCGGUUUUGGCAAUUGUAUUAGGAACACUACAGACUGAAUUUAAUUGCCAUCACCAAUUCGGUGAUCUUGUGAUCUCCUUUGAUGAUUUAUUUCAUUUCUCAUUCGCCUCCUUGCAGAAUACACACGGUGAUGUAGACUCGGCAGCAUUGCCACUGGAACACAGAGCAGUCUACGGACCACCAGCUCCAUCAGCCAUCUACGGGACACCGGGUCUGAUUAAUCCAGGCAACAAUGAUGUGACAGACGAUCCCUGGCCAUUGUCCUCCUCCAACGAUAGCCCUCAAAUAAAGCAUUUACAGGUGCAAUGCGAGAAGACUCAUAUGAGGGUCAACAUUGAGUUCGAUCGGCCGUUCUACGGCAUGAUCUUCUCAAAGGGCUUCUACAGUGAUUCCCAUUGCGUUCAUCUGAAGCCGGGCACAGGUCACCUCAGUGCCACCUUUGAAAUCUUCCUCAACAGCUGUGGCAUGUCAAGUUCAGCAAAUCACAAUGCCGGUGCUUACGGAGGUCCUACUCCAUCUGGCAGCUACGUCGAGAACACAAUCAUCAUUCAAUACGACCCAUAUGUCCAAGAAGUGUGGGAUCAGGCGCGCAAACUGCGGUGCACAUGGUAUGAUUUCUACGAGAAAGCUGUGACGUUCCGACCUUUCCAAGUAGAUAUGCUCCAUGCGGUCACAGCCAACUUCUUGGGCGACAACCUACAGUGUUGGAUGCAGAUACAGGUUGGCAAAGGUCCAUGGGCCUCCGAAGUGUCUGGAAUUGUGAAGAUCGGUCAGACCAUGACCAUGGUGCUGGCGAUCAAGGACGAUGAAAACAAAUUCGACAUGCUGGUGCGCAAUUGUGUAGCCCACGACGGCAAGAGAGCUCCUAUCCAACUUGUGGAUCAACACGGCUGCGUAGUGCGACCGAAGAUCAUGAGCAAAUUCCAGAAGAUCAAAAACUUUGGCCCAUCCGCCAGCGUCGUGUCCUUCGCCUAUUUCCAGGCUUUCAAGUUCCCCGACUCCAUGAAUGUCCACUUCCAGUGUGUGAUCCAGGUGUGUCGCUACAACUGUCCCGAGCCCAAGUGCGGUCACCAUGGCGGACUCGGUGGGUAUGAGCAUCAUGUUCCUGGCGCUGGAAUUAGCGGAGAAUAUGGUGUUCCAGGUCUGGGUGACUACGCGGGUGCCCUCGGCGGUGAGUACGGUCUUCCACCGGCCUUCCCCGAUCCACGACACCCUGCCGACGCCUCCGGAGCCUAUUCUGAGAAUCAGGCGGACGUCAUCCCUCCACCACAAGCUCAAACCGGUCCCCAGAGUGGCCCUCAACAGCAACAGGGCAGUGUCAAUGAGGGUAAUGAUAUCAACCUGCCCCCACCACCACCGCCUGGUCACUCCGGAUACAGCACGGUUAAGAGGAAAGAUGACCACGUGGACGCCGGCGGAAAUCUGGUCACGCUAGGAGGCCGACCGCGCAGUGUUGAGAAUCUUGAUGAUCUUCGUGGGGUACGAAGACGGCGCGAAACAAUGGACGUGGUGAUCACGCCACGCAUUUACAAGAGGGAAGCCCAGGAGAUGACGGACGUCAACACGAGUCGCAUCAUCCAAGUCGUUGCCCCAGGUGAUGUAAACUUCGCCCUCAAUAGCGCGCCUGGCAAUGAAACCGUGGUGAUCCAGUCCGCACGCUCUGUCGAUCCAGAGACAAUUUGCAUGUCCGUGCCCAGCUUCGUUGGAGGCCUCGUCAUGCUGUUACUAGUCCUGGCGGUCGCAUCCUUAGUGGCUGCCUUCCUUUUCGUCCGCGUGCGCCACUUCGACCGUAAAUCUGCGGCUACAGCAUAUGUGUCGGAAUUUGUGAAAGUCAACUAA